UCACUGGUCGAUAUGGCAGACAACAUCAAACUUCCGUCUCACGUACAAUACUCUGUUUGCUGUUUUUCUCGCUAUUUCUACCUUGAACACUAACUCGACUACACCAGCACCCCCGAAAAACUUGUUAAACGUCUCACUAAGCAAUCCGUAUGUAUGAACAACUAUCAGAUACCCGAACUGUUUAGAAUAAUGAACAAACAUGAUUGCACAUGACCCAUGCUCAGUGAGACCACCGACACGAAGCAGCGAUACAAACUGAUCUUGAAGACUAUAAAGAAGCUUCACUUCCGUCGUGUUAUAUGCUGUUCAACCAAAUCCACCUCAUAUCCGAUCGAUCAUCGCAGCGGGCACGAAUCACGUAUCAGCUCCUGGCCGAUAUGGCAGAACGUAAGAAGCUAAGGAAGAGACUACGGGACCUGAGCCACCAGAACGAUUUUUUGAAUGCCAGGAUCACGACUUUGAUGUCUGAGAAUGCCACUCUGACUUCACGCAAUGCAGGAUUGAAUGCCAACAUAGUGGUUCUGAGAGAUACCAACGUGAUUUUGGUCCAGCAGUUACGCGACGCCGAAGUCGACCUCUAUGUCUUGAGAGAUGGCUCACACAAUCACAAUACAGGUGGUCAUGAUAGUAGCGAUUCCAUUGCUUCAAGACUAUCAACUGCACCUCGUGGUGAACCUCGUUCACGCAACCCAGUCGCUUCAUUUCCACCUUCUAUAUCUCAACCUAGCCCAGUGGGGGACCAGGAGGCACAGCCCGAGACCGCUUCACAGGCCUCUUCCGCUGGCAACGCCACGCCUACUUCGUCUCCCGAUGUCUCAGGGCCCAGUCUACCCUUGGACGACACCGCUCAGCCUGGUGUUACUUUGAUCGCCAGGCCAUUGUCCCCUGUCAAUGUUGGCACAGGCCACGGCCUGAGGUCUCCAUCGCGCUCAGUUGGGGAUGCUUCCGAGCCCUAUCUACCCUGGGACGGCACUGCUUCGGUCGCCGGUCCGUCGUUCGAUGCCAAUGCCAAUGCUGAAACAGGCCAAGGUCCAGAAUCUCCGUCUCUACCCAACGUGGAUGAGCCCAGCAAAGAGGAAGACAGGGACCCUUGGGAAGGUUGGACUGAGGACCCGGUGGGUCCCACUAACUGGAGAGAUCCACCCACCGUGACUCGUGUCGCUGGCCCUACACCGAUUGAGCGCAUGGUUAAUGCCGGUAUUCAUUACGAAGACGCGGAGGUGUAUCUCAGGCGUUAUGACAAUAAUGUGCAACGGGCAACAGACGAGUACUUCAAUGACAUGGAUGCCCGGAGGUUAUAUUUCGAGAUCCAUGGAGUACCCGACGAGUUGAGGGUCCGCCUUUACGAAAAGAAAGGUGAUGAGAUUUCAGCCAAAGAAUUGUGGGAUAGCAUCAAAGACGUCGUCCAGCUCCUCAUUAUAGGUCGUAAUAAGGAGGAGACAUGGCAUUUUCUCGAAGAAGAGCAAUUCGACUCCAAUAGGGUACGUCAAAGGUUGGCGCGGGAAGCCGGCUAUGGCAAGGGUGCGUCGAAACGUCCCCAGGCUAGAGACCCCAAUGGUGAGUGGCGCUACGAUGAAGACUCCAAGGGGGAACUAGGUGACGAUGAAGACCCUGACGGUAUUUAUUCCCUAGAUGAUUGAAAUGUCGAGUGGUUGGGUGUAGAGCUGAACACGGAGUCGAGGUUUAGGCUCUUGAGAAGUUAUCGUUGCCUCGAAACUGUAUACAAUUUAGCAGCAGCAGCCUUCGCUAUGCGCUUGAUAUAA